AUAUAUGCGAUUUGACGUUUCCGGUUGCAAUCCAUGGAAGGAAAAAAUACCCCAAAACUGUAAUUUGUUGGCCGAAUAAUUCAUAAAGAGCUUCGGACCUAGCUCUUUUAAGUAAUUAGUAAUCUUUUGUUUUUGUUUGCCUUUAUCAGUUAAGAAGAUGAUACUACUUAUAUACUCUUGGGUUCCUCUAGACCAAGAAAUAUGAAAAAUAUACUGAUACAUUAUUUUUGGCACCAUUGAUAUUAUGGGAAAAAUCAGCAAAUUAAUUGUGUGUGGUCAUGUUGGUGUAGGAAAGACGGCAGCAAUAGAACAUCUCAUUUAUGGAAAUCACACAGUUGGCUCACAAAUGUACCCAACCAUAGAAGAUAUUUAUUCUGCGAUGAUAGAAACGGACAGAGGAGUGAAAGAGAAAGUCAUCAUUUAUGAUACUGGUUCUUUAGAUGAAAAUAAAUCUGAGCUUCCUCGACACUACUUUUCAUUUCCUGACGGUUUUGUGCUGUUUUAUGAUGUUACAAACCUGGAAUCCUUCCAAAAACUAGACAGAAUUAAGAAAGAUAUUGAUCGUUUUAAAGACAAGAGAGAGGUUCAUAUAGCUGUAAUAGGAAACAAAAUUGAUUUGCAAGAAGGAAGAGAAGUGGAUAAAGAAAAGGCCUCAGCAUGGGCUCAAAGGGAAAAGGUAAAACUAUUUGAGGCGACUGUAUCUCAAAGAAAGACAAUCAUAGACCCAUUUGUAUGGAUUACAUCUAGAAUUACCCAGCCUCAGAUUAACAGAUCUAAACAAAGUCGUUGGCAAACAUUUGCAGGUAUUUGGUGCAGGUACAUUUUAUUUGUAAUAAUCUUUCAGAUUUCUAUAGGGGGAAACCUGUUUUGCAUGAUAAAUGCUUUUUAUAAUCAUACACCUCUGAGUUUGUGAAAUUAACAAUACAUCUUUAUAUAUAUAUAUAAAAAGUAAUAAAUUAUAUAUGCAUGAAACUUAAUCCGUAUAAGUUGUUCUUCUACAUAACAGGGCAGCAUGGUCAUAUUUUAAAGAAAUGAAUAUUUUAUCCUCGUUUUGACGAAGAUUCAAAUGUAGAAUCAAUACAAUUUAUCUCCAUAUUUCAAGGGCUUUAGAAACGUGACAGGGAGAUGGCUCGGGGAGGCUCAGCCUGCUGUCUAAUUCUUCUCAAAGUGUUAUAAGCAUUGUCUGAAUUAAUGAUGACUUUAAGAAAUACAUAUAGAAUAUAAUUUGAUAUGAAACAAGUGAUUUUAUUAGAAGGGAUGGAUUUACAUGCAGAUAUAUAUAGGUUGAUUUUACAAACAUGAUCGCAUUUGAUUUGUUGCCUGUAUAACAAACUGCUGUGAAAAAGUACAGAGUAGUAAAAUGUUUUUGUAAUUCAUUGUAAUAUUUUC